GUUUUGGGUGCUAACCAUGAUGGUGUAUUUGCCUUUAACAAUGCCAUAUCCCAUAAAGCAUUUUCUGAGAAUAUGCUUGUGGCUUCAAAAAUGAAUCUUGGUCCAGGAUUAUGGCAGGAUGGUAUGAUGCUUGAGUGUAUUUCAUGUAAAAAAAAAGAGGCAGAUUCAAAUAUUAUUUAUUGCUAUACGUGUCAGUUAAUGGCUAACCAGCCUGACUUUUUUGAGCAACGUGGUCAAAUUCAGCAAGAAAUUGAGUCUCAUGGGCAUAAGGUUAUAUUCUAUCACAAAUUUCAUCCUGAGCUCAACUAUAUCAAAAUGUAUUGGGGAAUGGCCAAAAAAUAUACUCGAUCUAAUUGUGAAUAUUCACUUCCAAAAACCAGGGAAUCGAUCAUUCGAGCUUUCGAUUCUAUUUCUGUAGAGCAAAUUCGUUCCUUUGCUAGACUUUCGUAUAGGUGGAUGGAUGCUUACCAACAUGGAUUGAAAAGAAAAGCGACUGAAUAUGCUGUUAAGAAAAGUAAAAAACACCGAAUGAUUAGUGAAGAAAUUUUAAAUCAGAUCAAUGAAUUUUUAAAUUAA